AUGGAGGUGGCCGCCUCCAAAAAGAAGUGGAAAAAGGGCGGGGGUAAGAAGCACAAGUCCAAGAAGCACAAGAAGAAAGGCAAGAAGAUGAAGAAGGGUUACAAAGGCUCGCACAAAAAGUGGAAAGGGAAGAAAGGCCAUCACAAAAAGGACAAGCACAAGAAGAAGUACGCCGUGAAGAAGGGCAAGAAGAAGAAGCACAAGGACGAGGGAGGCUACUUCAAGAAGCACAAGAAGGGCAAGAAGGGCAAGAAGGGCCACAAGUACGUGAAGAAAGGCAAGUACGACAAGGGCCACUCCACGAAGGGCAAGCACGAUAUUCACAAGCUUAACGAGAAGAAGAAGAUCAAGCACUUCCACGACAAGAAGUACUCGUCUGGCCACAAAGAAAAGAAGGGCGGCAAGAAGAAGAAGUGGAAGAAGAAGAAGGGAAAGAGCUUCAAGAAGGGCCACAAGAAGAAGGGCAAGAAGUCCAAAAAGUGGGGCAAGAAGGGCAAGAAGUCGUCCGGCAAGCACCACAAGUCCAGCAAGGGGCACAAGAAGAAGGGCGGCAAGAAGAAGCACCACAGCCACAAGAGCAAGUAUGGCAAGAAGGGUGCCAAGAAGAAGCACAAGAAGUGGGGCUACAAAAAGGGCCAUUAA